AUGAGCGUGGAGGCCUUGGCGUGUGUCCAGAGCGCCCUGCUGCUCGAACAGCAGGGGAGGUUGCGGGAGGCGGAGGAGUGGCUCACGCUGGCGAUUUACAGGCUCCGCAGGUUGCUGGAUGACAAAUCUCUGGGCAACUCGCAGCUGCAGGUGCUCACGGACCACCUGCAAGGCGCUGCGCGCCACCUCCAGCGGCUUCGUGGCGUGGCGAGUGCCGAAGAGGAACGGCAACGGGGUCACCAGCAGAAACACCCGCAGCCGAAGCCGCAAAAUUUGGGACAACAAACACCACCCCCGCCAGCAAAGCAGCAGGAAGGCCCCAAGGUGGCUUUCGCUGCCCGCCCACCACCCGCUCCUGCGCACGCAGCUAUGCCAAUACCGCAGCAACUUCAACAUGAACAGCCGCAGCUGCAGCGACAGGACCACUCCUUGGUGACGUUUUCCCCUCCGCGUGCUUCUGACAUCGUUAAAAAGGCCAUAGACAUCGCCACCAAUUUGCUGCAGCAGCAAAAGUACAAACAGUCGGUGGAUCUCCUGCAGCAUGCGUAUGAUGUGGGGAAUAAGGAGUACAACAAGCCCGGGAACUUUCACCGGAUUGAGGAACAUCUUGUUCUUUUGCGGCGCAAGUAUUACGACCAUUUUAAACCGCGAUUCCUGCAGGAUAACCCAAUGCUUCCCGCGGAGAUGGAGGUUUUGCGGCGCUCGGGAUUCACCGAGACGAUUCGGCUGCCGAUGUGGGACGAUGUGCAGGAGGGCUACGCCAGAGAAAAUAUCUUUAUGCCUUGCGAAGGCCACUGGGAGGACCCCUUCACGCCGCGCCUCGCGGCAUCGCAGCGGGCGGAAGGGGCACAGUAUCUCCGAAUAGGCGAAAUUAAACCCAAUAUGGAUCUUUGCAUUAUUCGACGUGCUGAUCCACUGAAUGUGAAGCAAACAGUGGUGGGGGACUGCUCGAUGGUGUGCAGCCUCAUUAUCUGCGCCGCCUACCAGCAGCGAUUCCCCAAGGGGAAGAUCAUCAGCAACGUGAUUUACCCACAGGACAACAACGGCGACCCCAUUCUUAAUCCCAAAGGAAAAUACUGUGUGAAGAUGCUCAUCAACGGCAUUACCCGCCUUAUUACCGUCGACGACCGUUUUCCCGCGGCCCCGCGCACUGGGCGGCUGCUCUGCACCUACAGCAAGGACGAAACGGAGUUGUGGGUGUCUAUCAUGGAGAAGGCGUUUGUGAAGCUUUGCGGCGGGAGCUACGAAUUCCCGGGGAGCAGCAGCAGCAGCGAUCUCUACAAGCUUUCUGGGUGGCUUCCGGACAGCGUUGCACUGACCUCCAAGGACUUUGACCCUGAGCUUCAGUGGAGGAGACUCUACAAGCGACACGAAGACGGCUCUCUUCUUAUGACGGUGAGUACGGCGGCAAUGCCAGAGGCCGAGGAGCGGAGUUUGAAACUCGCCUCCUCCCACGCAUACGCUGUACUGACGCUGCGCGAAGUGAACGGGGAGCGCCUUCUGCAGCUUAAAAACCCAUGGGGGCGUGAGUCCUGGUCGGGAACGUACUCGCGUAGCGACAGACGAGCGGCGGCGAGGACGCUCUUUGCGAAGUUACAAUACACGGAGGUGUUGGCGGAACAAGGCGUGUUUUGGAUCACAUGGAACGACCUCUGCACCCAUUUUUCGCGCUGCUCCCUCAGCUGGAACCCCUACAUGCUGUACAAGACGCCAGAGGGCAUGUCGCGACGGCCAACGCGGCUCUCAUGCCAUAGACGCUUCCCAUACACAAUGAGCACGGGACAGAUGCCACAGUUUCACAUUGGCGUGAUCAACGCACCGAGGUCGUCCCGCAUGCACCUUGUCUUUGCGCGUCAUGUUAAGAACGUGGGGGAGUUUGGGUUACAGUUUGUGGAAGAUAGCCCAAAAGUGCCGUACGUGGCAGUGAAGGUCUAUGAUGUGACGCAGUUUCCCUCCAUCGCACAACAACUGGGCGCCGCUUGCAGUUUUGAGAUGUGUUACUGUCGUCGUUUGGCGCAUGGAACUGAGUUGGACGCGGGGUUUGCACCGCUGCACGAUGUUUUAUACAAGAACAUGUCAGAGCAUACACUGAGUUUUAAUUGCCCCGCAGGAACGAGCAACCUGCUCGUCGUGGUUAGCCGGACGGCGUCCACAUGGAAGGAGGAGUUUAGUUUUUCGCUCACACUGCACACAGAGUGGCCGCAGGUAAAGUUGAAUGAGGCGUCCCCGUCCCUCUCCGGGGUCUACAUGCACUUUAUUCCACAGACAAAUCUCAAGCACUGCACCGUCCAGCAAGGGCGAUGGGAGAAGGGUGUGAGUUGUGGCGGCAGGACCGGAUUGCAGACGUUUGCGUACAACCCACAGUACCUUUUAACGUUGUCUAGCCCAUCCAUGGUUUCCGCGCGGCUGCAUGUUCCGGACCAGGACGUGUCGGCCCAGCUGCACAUUGUGCGAAAGGAGCAAAAUCCAGCGCACGUGGUGGUAAAGUGGUCGCCGCGGAUUGGCGCCAUCAAUGAGGAGUGUAGUCUUGUCUUGCAUGCCCCUUUGUACGCCCACGGAGGUGUCGUAGUGGACACAAGCCUCUGGCGGUGCGUUUUUCUCGACCGCAAUCGGCUCCUUGGCGAGAAACCGAAUGAGAAGAUGGCAGCGGCUGCGAUGCCGUUGCCUUUGCCUGAGGGUGAAUACACCGUUGUGCCAACGCUGUGGGACAAGGGCGUGCCUGCAGCCUUUGAACUCGUCGUGGAAACGACUGAGCCGCAUGCGUUGCGCGAGAUUUCUCCGGAGGGUGUCGGUUUUGUAGAGACGAUGCUGCACGGGCGAUUGAUGGGCGGGGUCGCAGCGGAGGUGCCCACAGUGCUGCAGCGAACCGAUGCAUACUUUUGUAGUAACGGCAAGGUGUGCCUCGUGGCCGCCGUUCCGUGCGUGCUGACAGGGCGGCUGUUGCUGCUGCUUAGUGACGACGCGAAGAAUGACGUAUACACCGGCCUGGCCCUUUUCCGCCAGAGGGAUGCCGCCACGAUGGAGCGAGUCGCGUCGUCCGGCUCGUACGAUCUCUACGGAGUGGCGCUGCCGCCCGUCAAGCUGGAGGCAAACGUGACGUACCUCCUGGUGGUGUCUUCCGCCAAACCCUCCCACGCAAAGUAUGCCCUGCGGUUGUACUCCAGCACACCCAUCAAGGCCUGGAUGCAGUGA